UUCCUUGAUGUUUUUGUCCAGUUUUACAGGAAUGCCUUGAAUAUCAUGCGUGGCAAUACACAUAUUGAUGUCUAUGGCUUGCUUGCUGUAAGGGAUUCCUUGGAUUCUUCCCGGGACUAUAUUUUUCACCGUUCCAGAGAGAACGCUCAAGCUAUCGACGUGAAUGGUGGUUAUCUAAGUCUGAGCUACCCUGCACGGGGCAUAUCUGCAAUGGGCUGCCUGAUUGAAAUUGAUAUAAAGAUCAAGGGCAAGGAUGUUGACAAAGAUUUGUCGAUUAUUGAUGGAUCUGUGAAAGCCUUUGGGCAGUUUGACUCGAGGACUGCUAACCAUGUUGAUAACGUCAAUGGUAAAAUUAUAUUCAAGACACAUGUUGUUCGUAAAGGUGUCGAGGCAACUAUAGACCUCGAUUUUGUGGAGGUGCCAAUAGGCGGCUUCAAUGUGCGGAUGCGUGGUAAAACUGUCCGUGGUAAAGCUGUUUACUCCUUUAUCACUGAGUGUUGUGAUGAUGACAGUUUUAUAGCUUCACCUGGGAAGCAUAAUAAGAAGUUUGUAGCGGCUGUGAGCAUAGGUGAUACACUAUGUGUAGACUUCAUGGAGAAAAGGCGAGAAGCGCGGAUGCGGUGUUUCUGCACACGAGCGCACGUGUGCUCGCUAUCAGGGCGGCUCGUUCACGUCUUGAGAUGCGGCGCAUUUAAUAAUGCAGCGAUAUACGAGAGACCAGAUAAUGAUGGGAAAUAG